GUGAUCACUGAUCGUCGUGGACUCGGUGAGCAGAAGGGCAUGUUUCCACAUUGUAUCUAAAAAAGUGCUGUACAUUUUACUAUCUGCCUUCCUUCCACACUCUUCCUGUUGUUGAAUCAAAUUUACAAAAUGCUUCUGGAAAAGAAGUAUGUUUUUUUGAGAAGCAUCUCACUUAGGAAAUGAAUGCCUUGCUGAGUUGCUAGGACAAGUAGAAAAGUCGGGCAUAGGUUUCAGGACAAAAGAUUCUUCUAUAAUCCUUGUGAUGACUCUCAUGUGAUCCAGAAACACGUGGGCAAAGAUUGAACUUUCUCUUUCUCGUGUCUGCGGGAGGAAAAAUGGAACACUGAAUAUUCCCGUUGUGAAUACUUUGUGCUAACAUUCAUUUAAUUCAUAAUUUGAGGUCAUCUUGGAAGAAGCAGACAAUGAAAAUGUCGCAAUAUUUCUCCUUCAUCAAGAAAAGGAGAGAAGCAGAUGAACUCAGUCCUUUGAUAUUCAAGGAGGGUCGGCGAGACAAUGGCAGGAUGGAGCCCGCGAGUGGUGGUCGCUGUCCUCCGGCGGACGGUGCUGAAACGGGGAGCGGGUUGGGGACCGAGCGCCAGGAAGAAUUGGCCCGCCUCUACCAUCGACACCAUGCGGUCACCAAAGUCAACGUCUACAUCAAGUACACAAUGAUAGUGUUCAACUUCAUGUUCACCGUCCUGGGCUCUCUGAUACUGGGGGUCGGGAUCUGGGGACUCAUUGACAAGGAAUCUCUAGACGUGGACAACAUCAACAAUCUCAGCACGGACCCCAUGCUGGCCUUUGUCGUCGUGGGCCUUCUGGUCAGCAGCAUGUCCUUCUCGGGGUGUGUGGGGGCGCUGAGAGAGAACCAAUGCUUGCUGAAAUUCUUCACUGUCGGGAUCCUGAUAUUGUUGACAGUGCAGGUAGUCGGUGGGAUCACGGUUUAUUUCCUGAGAGACCGUUUAGAACAAUACGUGGAGAAUGGAAUGAUCCUGGGUGUCAAGAGAUAUCAGGAUGACCUAGACCUUCGUUUUAUUAUAAACGAAAUCCAAAGAGGACUAGAGUGUUGCGGAGUGGAGUCCUACCACGAUUGGGAGCUCAACCUGUAUUUUAACUGCAGCUCCCCGGGCAUCCAUGCUUGUGGAGCUCCCGCCUCAUGUUGCAUCAAUCCACAGGAGAAUGGCACGGUGAUGAACUCCCAGUGUGGCUUUGGCACGUUGCAUAUGGAGGAAGUGACAGCCCAGAAUUACAUCUAUCUCCGCGGGUGUAUGCCUCAUCUCACCAGCUGGCUUACUAAACACGCAGGUUCAAUUACUGCUUUAGGUGUCAUUCUCAUGAUUGUUCAAGUACUUGGGCUCAUUUUUGCAAAAAAGAUACUGAGUGACAUUGAACUAAUCAAAGCACAUUGGAAGCGGAGAGAUAGAAAUGCUAUCAGACUGCCAACAACAGAGGGAGAAACCAGAUGAGAACAUGGCCUACCUCUUCUAUCUUUGUUAGCAUGCACCGUGGAUGGCACUCACAUAUAUACUUGGGAUAUUAUUGCCCUUGGCUGCGCCUGUCUCUGAAAUCCAUUCUAUGUUUGCUACGUUUUUGUCUAAUGAAUGAUUGUUGUAAGUGGAAUACUAGUGUGUUAUGGAGAAUUAUGCACAUUGAAAAUUAAGAGAAAUUACACAUAUUGAACAUCUUCCCAAUUAUUAUGCUUUUUCUUUGUGUAUAAACAAUAGUUUUACUCACGUUUUUUAAUAAAAAGACCACGUUUUGUUACAAAUUUGAUUUAUACAGCUUAUUGUUUAGUUUAGACAGACAAAAAGCUGGAGUAACUCAGCAGGACUGGCAGCAUUUCUGGAGAGAAGGAAUGGGUGACGUUUUGGGUCAAGACCCUUCUUCAGACAGGUUUGGGAUAAGAGAAACGAGAGAUAUUGACAAUGAUGUGGAGAGAUAAAGCCAGUUUAGUUCAGUUUAGAGAUUCAGGGAGGAAACAGGAUCUUCGGCCAACCGAGUCCGCACCCACCAGCGAUCCCCGUACACUAGCACUAACCUACACACUAGGGA